AUGCUCUCCCUUUUCUCCCUGACAUCGCGCUUCUUCCGGCCACCCCCAUGGACAAGCACGGCGCAUUCGCUCUUGUCACUAGGACGUGUGGCUCAUUCGACCAAUCAAGACAGCAAGCUUGACCAAGAAUCCCUGCUUGCUCUCAAGCAACAAGAUCCUCUAGCCUACAGAAGAUGGCGCUAUCAUAACGACAAGGAAUUCCGCGAGGCAGACCUAAAGAGGAGGAGGAAACCUGCCAUCAGGGAGCAGCAGAAGGUUCAGACUCGUAAACAUGAUAAAACACCUGCGAAACAACAGUAUUUGCGCGAAUACAACGCUCGCAAAUGGCGUGAGGAUCUCUCCGGUCGACGCUCCAUUUCACUCUUCAAAUUCUUGCAAAACUCCAGAUGGUCUAGAGAAGGCUGGACUUGGAAGCUGCACGAGCCCGUCAUUACUCCUGACCGCGUCGACCGCCAUUGCACAGCUUGUCAGAGAGAUCGCUUCCUCAAAGUCUGGUGGGCCACAAAGGCUGAGCCCAUCACUUAUGUGUGCAACCCCUGCUUUGCCAAUGACUUUGACAUUGUAGUACCAGAGGGCCAACACAAGUGGCUCCCUGGAAUCUUCUCUUCUCCCCAUUUACCAUCACCUCCAUCUGCCAAGAAAUGA